AUGCCAACAUACUACCAGAAGCCUAACUUCAAUUCCUGCGUGCUGUGUUUGAAGUCCACAAAAAAAGGAUAUGACAUUUCUUUGCACAAAUUCCCGAAAAACCCAGCCAGACGAGCAGUUUGGCUUAAAAACUGUGGAUUUGUAGAGGAAGAUGUACAACAUAAUAGAAAGUUGUGUUCUUCCCAUUUUGAAGAAAAUGGUAUCAUCCUAACCGGCAUCAGAAGAGUAUUGAAAAAAUCUGCAGUCCCUGUCAUUUUUAAGGAGACAAUAAAAAGGAAAAGGAACAAGAAACGAAGUAAAUAUUCAAAAAAUUCCGAGACCGGUACAAGAAGUAAUAGCAAAGUUUAUUUCAUCCCGGCAUUAAUGCUUAAUUUUGUCAAACCAAUAGUUCAAAAUUCUAUUCCCACGACUAUACUUAUUUUAAACAGUCUAAACACUCUAAACACUCGGACGAUUAAGACGACUACACAGAAAAAGGUUGAAGAACCAGAAAAUCCAGCUGCUGAUGUUAUACCAAUGGCGGUUUUAUGUCAAUUUACUGCAAAAUUGUCAGAAUACUCUUUGGAUCCUGAGAAGAAUUAUGGAACCAACAAUGUUCCUAUUAUUCCAAUGAAUCAUUAGUUUAUUGACAUUAAAAUAUUUAUUUAAGGUAGAUAACAGCUCAAUUAAAUAUUUACACGUCGUAACAGAGCUCAAUUAUUUGAACAACUAUAAUGGUACAAAAAAAAAACUAAAUACAAUGAGAUAUCUACAAAACAUUUUACAAGAACAGACAAG